AACCUUCCCCAUCCUUCUUCUCUCUCCCGCCUUAAUCCCCUCGGGACGAGAUAUUUUCGCCUCCUCCUCCUCCUCUUCCUCUAUAUAUACGUCGCAACGCAGGGCGACAAUGGCGAUAGCGAUCGUAGUUGCAGGAUACAACGCCACGGAUGGGGACGGAGCAGCGCAACGGACGGCCCAGAUCGUACUACGCCGUGCUCGGCGUCGCCGCCGACGCCUCCCGCGCGGAGAUCCGCGCCGCUUAUCGGAGACUCGCCAUGAGAUGGCACCCGGAUAGGAAUGGGAGGGAGCCGUUCAUGGUGGAUGAGGCGAAGAGGAGGUUUCAGCUUAUACAAGAGGCUUACCAAGUGUUAUCGGAUCAGAAGAGGAGGGCAUUGUAUGACGCAGGCUUAUAUGAUCCGGUUCAAGACGAGGAGGAGGAGGUUGAGGGAUUUCACGACUUCAUGCAGGAAAUGCUGUCGCUCAUGGCUACCGUGAGGAGAGAGGAGACCCAGUGCAGCAUUGAAGAUCUCCAGCGGAUGUUGGAUGAAAUGGCCCAGAGUUUCGCCCCAACUCAACCUCCUACCUAUUGCUUCGGCGGCAAAGGGGCUUCUACAAACCCCAAGAGACCUGCCACCUAUUGCUUUGGCGGCAGAGGGGCUUCUACAAUCCCCAAGAGACCUGCUACCUAUUGCUUCGACGGCAGAGGAGCUUCUACAAACCCGAAGAGGCACUGCGACAGAAAUGAUGCAACGACCAGGUGGUGGUCGAGUUCGCAUGUGUCUGGGGUUGAUAUGUUCGGGCACGCUUCGUUUUGCUAAGAUUUCUGCACUAGAAGGCAGGAGGAUGAGAAUUUCAUUCUCAAGUGUCGCGAAGUACGUCGGACCCUGCAUGUAAAUGAAAACUGUUGAUUGCACUUGCCUCUGUAAACUUGCUGUUCUUGUACUGAUUGUGUGGAUGUUUGAAUUGCGGGUAGUGCAUCCAGCUUUGCUGAAAAGAGCAUGUUGAGACACUGGAAAAUAAGAUUGAUCUGUUAGUAAUCUAUAACUCAAGUUUUCUGCUGUUUUCUAUUUA